UGGGCUACGAGCUCACUUAAAGAGUACCCGCCUGACCUGUGUUUGUUUCUUGCCUCACUUUUCGAUCGAUGGCUGCAGGGAACUGUGAAAGAGUCCGGUCCUUUCUCAGCAGACGUGAGUUGGCUUAAAGCCAUGCACGUCACUGAUGUCCAACAUGUACAGAAAGAAGGACCGGACUUUCACCCGUCUUUAAUUAAGAAUUCAUGAUCGCUAGGCGCUGAGUUUUCGGACACCGUGCGCAACAAGAAAAGAAAAGAAAAGAAAAAAGCUAGUUUGCUAGAUUGUGGAUGUUACUGGGACGAUAUUUUUAGAGAGCAUUGUCAACCAUUGUAGGAGGUAAACAGGGAUACAACUACAACGAUGAUAUGGGGCUCAUACUGGAAUGAGGCACCUCAUCGUAUCUUUGGGUGCUUGGAAAUUUGCAGUGGUCACCAGUGGUCUGUGCCUGAAUCCUGGUUACCGGUGGCUAUCAGACACAUAUAUCAUAUAUGAACCAUAUAUAGAUAUAUAUAUAUAUAUUCAUAUAGUAUUUAUGCCAGUACCCCUUUACCCUGCGCCCAGUUUCUUCCACGCUUGUGGCCACUUCGAAGUCGGAGGGUUGUUCACAACCGAAGCGUUUCAGGGGCUGAGCCUUGACACGCCACGUUCGGAGUCGCACCACGGGAAGGGUGGUCAUGCCCAAUUUGAAAGUGGAUGCCGAAGAUAUGUGAUCAAGUCAUUGUCGAAGGAUGACAACAAAACACUCCUCAGGAUCGCAGGUCCACUGAUAGAGAGGAUGCUUUCAGGGUCUACGAUGCUUUGCCCCAUCUAUAUGCACUUCAAAGAUAUUGCCACGGGACAAUACUUUAUGGCGAUGCGCAACCUGACAGAGAUGGGUCCAUGGUGUGCCAAGUACGACCUCAAGGGCUGUGAUGACGACAAGACCUUGGAGGUGAAGGGCCGAGUGAUCCGGCCAGUCAGGAAGCGGUUCUACCGUCCUCACAUGUGGUGCGCCUGUAUGUGGUCUUCCGAGAGAUGGGAGUACUACCAGGGCAAGCUGCGUAGUCAUGGUCCAAGGUUGGGACUUGCAGCCCCUGUACGCGAAGAAGCGGUGAAGCAGAUUGCUUCAGAUGCUGAUUGGCUCAUCAGUCAGAACAUUAUGGACUAUUCCUUGCUCAUAGCCAUUCGUCGCUUGCCUCCAGAAGUGGCAAAGUCCUGUGGCGCAGGUCCGCUUCCUGUGGCGGCAUCAACCUGUGCACCAGGCGUGCACCGAUGGGCAAUGCUUGAUAAAGCCUCUGGUGAGCUUGUCGUCCUUCAUAUGGGCAUUAUAGAUUUUCUGCAGCCUUGGACAACGUCCAAAGUAGCUGCAAUGUACAUCAAAUCCUUUGAGUUCAACAAGGCAACAGUGCCGCCACCUCUUUAUGGACGGAGGCCUCAACCGACAAGCGAUUGGACAGCGGUCUAUGUAAACUUUGGUGUGGGGUCAAGCAACAUCAAGCAUUGUGUUGGGCAAUGGCAGCCAUGCAUAACCAACCAUCAAAUAACUAUUUUGGUGAAAAAAGAUCGAAAAAACAAAAAGCAAAUGAACAUGCAAAAGCAGCGCAAUUUGCUUUGUUUUUACAUUUGUUGUGUUUUUUGUUUUUUCCUGGUACCACUUCUGCACUUAUGA